AUGAACGCUUCGUGCUGCCUGCUGUCUGCUCAGCCGACCCUGCCCAACAGCUCCGAGCAGCUCGCCGCCCCCUCCCUCAGCAACCAGAGCAGCAGCGGGUUCUGCGAGCAGGUCUUCAUCAAGCCCGAAGUCUUCCUGGCGCUGGGCAUCGUCAGCCUGCUGGAGAACAUCCUGGUCAUCCUGGCCGUGGUCAGGAACAGCAACCUGCACUCGCCCAUGUACUUCUUCCUCUGCAGCCUGGCGGUGGCCGACAUGCUGGUGAGCGUGUCCAAUGCCCUGGAGACCGUCAUGAUCGCCAUCGUCAACAGCAACUACCUGACCUUCGAGGACCGGUUCAUCCAGCACAUGGACAACGUCUUCGACUCCCUGAUCUGCAUCUCCCUGGUGGCCUCCAUCUGCAACCUGCUGGCCAUCGCCGUGGACCGCUACGUCACCAUCUUCUACGCGCUGCGCUACCACAGCAUCAUGACCGCGCGGAAGGCGCUCGCCUGGAUCGCAGCCAUCUGGGCGUGCUGCGGCGUGUGCGGCGUGGCGUUCAUCGUCUACUCCGAGAGCAAGAUGGUCAUCGUGUGCCUCAUCACCAUGUUCUUCGCCAUGCUGCUCCUCAUGGGCUCGCUCUACGUGCACAUGUUCCUCUUCGCCCGGCUGCACGCCCGGCGCAUCGCGGCGCUGCCCCCGGCCAAUGGGGCGGCCCCGCAGCAGCACUCGUGCAUGAAGGGGGCUGUCACCAUCACCAUCCUGCUGGGGGUGUUCGUCUUCUGCUGGGCGCCCUUCUUCCUCCACCUCAUCCUCAUCAUCACCUGCCCCACCAACCCCUACUGCGUCUGCUACGCCGCCCACUUCAACACCUACCUGGUCCUCAUCAUGUGCAACUCCAUCAUCGACCCGCUCAUCUACGCCUUCCGGAGCCUGGAGCUGCGGAACACGUUCAGGGAGAUCCUCUGCAGCUGCGACGCCACGAACCUGGGCUAG